AUGCCUUCUCAUAUACCUCAACACAUCUCAACACACACCCCAUCGAUCAUCUGGUUCCUGUGGAAGGCGCGUAAUGCAAAGGUCUUUGAUAACAAGGAGAUCUCGCCGAUGGAAGUGAUACAAUCAGCGACGUCAGAGGCGGAGAAUUGGCGACUGGCGCAAAUCAAUUCGGAAGUUACAGAGGAGAACGCCAACACUCCUUUGCCGGAGCUACUGUAUAGACUGCCACAGAGACCGUUUUGUCGGUUUGACGCGUUAUGGAAAGGAGAUGAUACUCGAUAUGGUGGCGGACUCGUGAUAGAGAAUGAGGAUGGGACUACAACUUUCGGUUCAUUUGCUAGUAACCGAUCGCUGUCUCCCCUACACGCAGAGUUCGGUACUCUGCUGUGGGCCAUGAAAUCCUCGCUAAUUCUCGGUCACGAAUCGAUGGCCUUUGAAUUAGAUUGCCUGCAACUAGUUAGGCUCAUUGAGGAAGAAGAAGAAUGGCCAAGUCUUAUGGCUGAGUUUGAUGAAUUCCUUACUCUUCAGUUCUAA